AUGGAAGAAGACUUAGCUAGUGCACAAGAUAAAAAUGACUCUGCAAAUGCCACUUAUAAAUCCGACGAUUUAUUGGAGAAGCUCAAAUUGCUAAAUUACGAAAGCCAACUACUCAAGGAGUUUAAAAUGAAACCGAUUUCGCGAUAUUAUUUUGUGAAAUCCUUUAAUCCUGGAGAACAAUUUUAUAUGUUUACACUUAUAUGUUGGUGGUUAUGUAAAAAAUUAGGUAAGGAUAUGGAAAGGCCACAGGAAUACGAUGAUCCAAAUACUGUGAUUGCAAAAAUUGUACAAAUACUGGAGGAAAUUGAUAUAUCAGUUGAAUUUCCACCCAAUAAACUUAUACGAGGGGCCGGGCCAAUAUGUUUGCUAGUACUAGACAAUCUAGCAACACAAGUAUUAAAAGUAGCUAAGAUAUCUUGUGAACAUCUGCAAAUAGCACAAGAAGAAGAGCACGCUACGGAAUAUCUAGAAGAUAAUGCAGAAAUAAUUCUCGAAAAAUUAGAAGAUGAACAAAAUGCCGGUGGAAGUGAUGAUAGUGAUAUGGAAGUGGAUAAAAAUCAUUUUAAGAAUUUCAAUUGGAUUAACAAUAUUGCACGAAGCAGGGACUCUAAUAAUAUCUUAACUGAGGCACAAACACAUGUAACAGAACAUUUGACCGAUAAGGAAGAAUGGCGUUUAGAGUUUGAACGGGUCUUACCACAGCUGAAGGUGUUUGUUAAGAGUGAUGCACGUGAUUGGCGUUCGCAUUUAAGUCAAAUUGAAACAUUCAAAACAAAUAUCGAUGAGAUCGCGGAGGAAACACAAAAUCAAUUGAAAAAGUUACAUGGCGAUUUCACAUUUAGUAUUGAUAAGGUUGAAAGUCGUGAAAAGCAUUUAAAUAACGAACUACAAACUCUUAUAAGUGAAUAUAAGGAAGUUUCCAUAGAACUCUCUAAACUACAAUAUGCUCAAACUAAAGUUGAAAGUGAUUCGGCUAAUUUGUUAACUCAAUUAAAUGAUGUCAUUGCAGAGAAUGAUAUAAAGAAAGCUGAAAUGGAACGACGUGGUCAAUCUAUGUCCGAUGGCAGCUCUGUGGUUCAAAUAAAGAAAGCUAUAGCAAAACUUAAGGAUGAGAUUGCACACUUAAGUUUAGAAGUGGCAUUAUUAGUGAAUGGCAUUGAUCAGGAUAUUAUGCGUCAAGCAGGUCGGAUUGGCGAUAUAGAGGUUUCCAAUACAAGAGCUUUUUAAAUAAAUUUAUUUGAAUUUAUGUGAA